AUGGAGUUCCAGAACAACCCUCGGGCACGUCGUCUUGAAUCAGUAUGGGACAAUGAACCAGUCAAGGACCUCAAGUAUGCAUAUGAUGAUCCAAACUCUGAGACAAAGGUUCAGAGCCUCCAAGAAAUCAUCACAUAUCUCAAGUAUCUCAAGGCAAAUGGGGUGGAGCCAAACCAGAAUAAGAAAUCCAAUGUGUACCUACCUUUCAAAUUGAGGAAUGUUUUCAAUGUCUUUGUACUCCUGUGUUUCCUGCCUAUGGUGUAUGCUUCAACUGCAAUGGGCCUCACAGAGACAUUCACCUCAGCAACUCCAAGGAUCAUGGGCUAUGCUAUGGCUGUUAUUCUUAUUUUCAUCUUGCGCAAUGGGGAAUAUCUCCAUCACCAUUAUCUCCAAUCCCCAGCAACCCUUAAUCCCAACUUUCCAUCUGUAUGGAUACGUCGUCUCAGUGCCCACCUAUUCUCCCAGGACUCACUUGCCCUUCCUCAACUGGACCAAAAGACCCAGAACUAUCUUAUCCUUGAAGCUGCAAAUGGACUUGGGCUUUCACAUGAAUUCCUUUCAGACCCACACCUCAUUCAUCCACAACCAACCCUGUUAGGACCCAGUUAUUUUGACUGCCAAGUGUGUGGUGGAUGGUUGAAGCAAACUAGACAAUGUGUGGAUAUAUGGAUUUUGGAGGAUAAUGGUGUCUACAUUGGCCAGCUUGCACAGGGAAACUGCCAGUCCUGCAAUACAUCUCACUUUCCAGAUCGCUAUUGCACUUCCAUCAAUGGGAAACUUACCAAUAUCUUUAAUCCUGAUGCAGCUUAUCUCUGCAUUGGAGGUAAUAUCUGGAUUAAUCGGCAAGUUGCUCAAACUCAGUCCAAUUUAUGUUAUACUGCACAUAUGUCAUCUGAGGGCUUUGCAUCAUUCUAUUCACAGCGAUAUGGGAAGGAUAAGAUUUCCCUCCUUCCAAAGCAUACAUGGAAGUUAUUUGUCUUACAUGAGUCCCUCAAGUUGUGCAAAGCUACCAAUCAUGAGCUUGUUCUUCCAUCACACACAAGCAUCACAGCUUUGGCUUCAAAGAUGCAAGAAAAAAUUUUCCCUGGAGCUGUCAAGACAAUCCAAGGUGCACUUGCUCAUCAGUGUGCUCAGUGCUUCCACCCAUACCGAUCCCUGCAAGAUGGAACUGCAGUAUGUGAUCUACUGACUAUUUUUACUUCCCCUUGCUAA